GCGACGAAUUAACGAGGAAUGGCGGUCGAUCCUCGUCGGUCUGCCGCUGUUGGAUGCCAAACGCCAGCGUGGAGCGUGGAGUCGGCGGAAUAGCGACUUGCCCGGUGACGUUCUCGACGUGAUAGAGACAUGGCUGCGAAGGAGCCGAUCGUCGUCGAGUCGAUCGACGACGGCGGUAUAGCCGAGCCCGGAAUCGAGCCCGGCGCUUCCACGGAGACGAUGCUCGUCACCACCGACAGCUUCGACGAGUACGAGCAGGAGAUGAGCAGCAGCAUCGACGGUGACAGGCAGAUUAAGGAGAGCAGCACCAUCUCCGAGAUCCAGGAGGACGCUGUGCAGGACAAUUCCGCGACCCCCGCCGUCGCCGCCGCCGCCGCCGUCGUCGCCGUCGCCGCCGUCGCCGAACCGCAGGAGUCGGAGAAAACCCUUUCCCUCGACGACGCGGAGAUGGAUGACGUCGCACACCGUUUGGGCCAGAGUAACCUAGACGGGGACCCGUUGCGUUGCAAAACGUGGCUGGCGCAGAAGAAGCAUAUCUUUAUCUUGAGUCAGGCGGGAAAACCGAUAUACUCUAGAUACAGUUCGGAGGACAAACUAGUCACGGUUAUGGGAGUCAUGCAGGCUUUAGUGUCGUUCGUUCAAGCCGGCAGCGAUAUGAUCAGAUCGGUGCACGCCGGCGACACGAACUUUGUUUUCGUCGUGAAGGGUCCACUGAUCUUAGUGGCGGUGUCCAAGACCUUGGAAAGCGUACCUCAGCUCACUUUACAAUUAACAUAUGUAUAUAAUCAGAUAAUCUCUGUGUUGACACAGUCGCAGUUAAAUAGAGUGUACGAUCAAAGAAGAAACUUUGAUCUACGACGGUUAUUAAGCGGUAGCGAAAGACUGAUAGAUCAUUUGUUAAACUUUAUGGACAGAGAGCCCGCCUUCUUUCUGGGAGCCAUCAAAUGUUUGCCCCUACUACCUUCUAUGAGAAGUUCCAUUACGCAGACCAUCAUACAAACUUGCGCUAAGAUUAAGAACUUAGUAUUUGCCAUACUCCUAGCUAACAAUCAGUUGGUUACACUAGUUAGAAUGAACAAAUUUUUCCUACAUCCAAUGGAUCUACAUAUAAUACAAAAUCUGGUGGACAGCUCGGAGUCGCUCAAAACCGCCGAGAGCUGGACGCCGAUAUGCCUACCGAAAUUCGAUUCCAACGGAUACAUGCACGGUCACGUGUCGUAUCUGGCAGAAGAUUGCCAGGCGUGUUUAUUGCUGCUCACAGUUGAUAGGGAUGUAUUUUUCGUGCUAUCGGAGGCCAAACAAAAAAUCGUGGAGAAAUUGCGGCGAACAAAUUGUCUGGAGGCGAUAAACGAGUCUAUGAAUAAACCGACGAUAACAACUGCCGACAUUGGGUUACCUGAGAUGCGUCACGUAUUGUACAAAUGCAAAAGCACCGCGCAAUUCUGGAGUCCUGGACUUCAACCACCUUACACGACGGACGAAGAGAUAGAACGAUUAUUAGGGCUUUAUCAGUGUUUGCAUCACAGAUUGCAUUCUCCUAGUCGGCCCUUGAAACUUAUAUUUCAGCAGCUAGAUAAGGAAACGAUGUUGGCGUGGGUGGCUUCUGGUUUCGAAUUAUACGUAACGUUUGAGCCUCUGGUAACGAAACCAGAUGCCAUUGAGGCAGUGAGCAAGCUAUUAAAGUGGAUAAAGAAGGAGGAAGAGAGAUUAUUUAUUCUGAACUCGCCUACGUUUUAGACAUUGCCAAGUAUUUUUGUUUUUAUAAAAUAUAUGAGAGAGAAUAUAUAAAACCGUUGUAGAGACAUUUGCCGACCAAAUUUCGAAAAUGUGCGAGAUGCAUCGAAGGAUUCCGAAGUAAGAACAUCGUUAUAAGUUUCGAAAGGCAGGUAUAACAGUUAUUAUUAUUCGUCCAUUAUUAUGCAUCGAUGUCGCUAUUUUUUUUUUAUUUAAUAAAGCAAUUGUAAUAUAACGUAAAUAAUGUGAAAAUGUACAUACAUUUGAAUAUGUUACAAGGGAUUUAAUUCCGUGUUGUAAUUUUAAUACGAAAUUCUUAUAAAUGUCAUAUACUGACGCUAAAAAUA